AUGCGUACCCGAUCUCAACCACUCUCCCCGAACGGGUUGGUGUCACUUGACUCCAACCCUCAGCCGCGUCGCCGCCGCACGACACGUGCAACAUCCUCUCAGCCGCCCGAGCCCGAGGGCGCGCAAUCUACUGAAGACACGCAGCCGACUGACGCUUCGAAGCCGGCACCGGCGGCGAAGGCCGCCCGGAAGCCGCGUGCCAAGAAAAGCAACCGCGGAGGAAAGAGAACCAACACCCGCACUGCCCGGACUGAGAGCCCCGAAGAGGCCCCCGAGCAGCCCCGCGAGGAACCUGCCGAACACAACCCCCAAGAUUGGGUAAUGAUGGCAGACACCCGCCCUACUGCAGUCAUGCACAGCGUCGAGAUCCAACACGUUGAUCAGAAUGUCGACGAGGCUGGUCGUGCUGGUGCUGAAGACGAGCAGCAUCAUGUCAUGGAAAGCCAACGCGAUGAUCCCAUCCAGAGCGUCGAACUCCCUAUCCCAACCACCUCCCCCGUCGAGAAGUCCGUCCACGUCGAGAAACCCGUCCAUGUUGAGAACAUCGCCCCUCUCAAGACCAAAAUGCCCGUGAAGCGUUCGAAGGACCUACUUUCACCCGGUGGAUCCCUACCCAAGAGCCCCGGAAAGCUACGUAAGUACCGCACCCUGUUCCGACGUGAGCAUCCUCCUCGCGUCCACCCACGGUCCACGGCCUUUCGGUUUGGAAGGAUCAGUGAUGUUCUUGUCGACCUUCACCGAACCCGUACCCCGGAGGAAAUCGCCUACUACGAAGCCCGGAGACAAGAACAAAACUCCUGGACCGAAAUGGCUGCCCGUGAUGAUGUUCUCGCUGCUUUUGAAGCAGCUCAUCAAGCAGAAAAAGAGGAAUACAUCAAGGGCAUCCAGAACUCCUUGAAAGAAAUCAAGGAAGAUCUUGACAACCUCGAAGAACUUACCCUGCUGACACACCCGGAUUACACCCCCAUCCGCUCUGCGAAGCGCCCGCGAGCAUCGCGUACCGCCUACGCUGACAUUGCUCAACGACGCCGUGUUGAGGCCACUGGCCGUAUUGACCGAACUGUGUACCGUCUUCCCGAGUUCUUGGAGCAGAAUGAUGAAACGGACGCGUCCGUUGAGUCCUCUAACCAAAUGGCUGUUGAUGCCGGUCAAAAGGCUACUACUCCUCCAGGCAACAUUCAGCCAAACGGUCCAGCAGCCCCUGCAACAGAACCUGCAGGCGGGCACUGGUGGGCCAAUGUUUCUCCCCGUUGGGUUUUCAACGAGUUUUCUCGGAGGUGGACAGGUAUUCGUCAGCGCCUUACUACCCGCCCGAAUCAAAAUGCAGGAUCGGCCCCGACUGAAGCUCUGCAUGAGCCCGUGUCUCCAUCUCGUGUUGACAAUGACACGCCUCCAUCACCUGAGACACCUUCUCGUGUUGAGAAUGACAUGCCUUUUGUGACGCCCGUGGAAACGCCUGCAUUCAAACACGCACGCCCAUUCAUGACUACUGCUCCUCGCUCUUCCCGACGGGCCGUCCUUUCUUCACGUGCAGGUGAUCGCAAGCGCUCUUACUCUCUCUAUCCAUCUGGGUACAGUAAGGAGCAACUUGACCACUGGUAUGGUAGGGACAAGAAGCCAGUCGAAGAGCCGGUUGAGGAACCGGUGGAGAACCGUCCUUCUGCCACAGCUGUUUCUCCCGAAAUCUCCGCUCCAGCCACAGCCACGGCUGUUGGAACAUCGACAUCUGUCGAGUCCCAGUCGAAGAAGCGCAAGCGUCGACUUUCGCCUGAUCAGAUCCCUAACCCCGCGGGAUGCAGCUAUGGCAUGGACAUGGAUUACUUUACCUUUGACUCUGAUGACGAGAAGUGGGCCGAAGAGGAGAUGGAACGACGAGCGGCCAUGUCCCGAGAGACUGCACCUCCGGCCGCGGAACCCGCGCCGACUAUCCAAGAGCUAGCGCGCCCUGCCUCGAAGAAGGUUCGAAUUGAAGAACCGAAGAAGACGCCUCGCCGCCGAGAUACCUCGCGUCGGACCGCCCCCUCUCGCCGUACCGCGCGUGCUACGCAGGCCACGAACAUUACGCAGGCCGCGAACACCACGCAGGCCGCGAACACCACACAGGCCGCGGACACCACGCAGGCCGCGAACACCACGCAGGCCGCGAACACCACGCAGGCCGCGGACACCACGCAGGCGACGAGCUCCCCCUUUCAACAUGGAGUAUCGGGCCCUUCGCGCACUUUUCAAACCCCGUAUUCGUCUUCCGCGGCAGAUGACGCGAGUGAACUACAGGUAUCGUCAAGCCCCCCUUUCAGGUUGGAGUAUCGGGCCCCUCCCGCACUUCCCAAACCCCAUACUCGUCUUCCACUGGAGAUGAAGCGAGUGAACCACGAAGUCCCGGUUUUAUCCCAAACCCUCAUGGAACCUUUUGCACCCCGAUUCUUCCACCCCCGGGUUUCGGCUUCCUCCCAGCACAUUGACAAACUGGUGCAGUCCCCCAACACCUCGUUUGACGUUGACAAGAGCUUGCUGCCAACCGUGAACGGCGAGCCGACUGCUAUGGCACCCCCCUCUCAAGUUACCGCCGCUCCGUCCCGACUCGCUGCCUCGUAUGAUCGCAGCAUUGACGCGCGAUCUCGAAUCAUUACCGCACCGCCUGGCGUUACUGGCCCUUUUGUUCGGUCCCAGCCCCUUGAGGAGACUCAGCAAGAAACUGGUCCCAGUAAAGAUCCCUCUCCGCUGACCCGAGUCCGCACCGCGGCCACCAAAUUCAACCCCAAGACGCCUAGCCGUCUUCGUGCAGCUCACCGGUUCUCCAGCAGCACUUGCACCACUCCCAGCUUCUUCACGGACCCCAUGUCGAUUUGCCAAGAGACCCCGUCCGAACGUCAGGACCGCAAGACUCGCCUGCGCCACUGGUUCAAGGAGGUUUGCCCCACUGGAGAUCUCAGCCAGAUUCAGUGGCCUGAGCCUCGUCCCAUGUACCAAGCACUGGGCUUCAGCCGUGAAGUCAAUGAUAUCGUCGACCGGAUGUGGGAAGAACGCAAGGAUGAAGUUCAGCGCCAGAUUCAGGCUUUCAAUGAUGGCUUCGAACGCUUCCAACGCACUGGACAACUGUAA